ACUUUUAUAGCGUCCUUUGUAUUCAAGGAGUACUGAAGUUACUUCUACCAAGAAGAUUCUAUGACUGGAGUUCCAACAGGCAACAAAUUUAUUCAAGCAGCUGUUCAUUUCUAAUGAAGCACAAAAGAAAGAACGGCAAUAAGGACCUUUUGAUGUCCGCCUUCGAAGCCACCAGUUUCAGUGAAGAAAGCAGAGGGUAAACUGCCCCGAAUUCCUUGAGGAGGUAAUGAAUUAACAUCUCAAAAGGAGGACGCAACAGUUUCAACAGGCAUAGAAGCCCUUGAUCCCACCCCUUUCUUGGUCUCUGUGGAAUCUAUGUCAAAAGAUUUUGAAGCAAAGAUCGCUUUUCGUAAAGACCCAUUCAGUGAUCAACAAUAGAAAACAGCUUUUGUCUGGAUGUGGUGGGGGUGGGGGAGCUAGGAAGGAGUAUUGAAUCAUCGCAGCCGAUGAAAGUGAACGCGAACUGUAAAGAGGGGUGUUUGGCAAACAAGAAGAUGGGCGCGGUUCGGAUUCGGCUCUGGAUUAGGCACGCAUGACAGGUUCGCGUGUCUUGUCUUGGAGCUCCCAUCCAGUUCUUCAACUGUGCUAGUCUACUGGAGCAUGGUGAGCCAAGGAAAGGGGUGGAGCGAUACAAAUCUUACCUAACGUCAAAAGCACUUCACUUGCCACAACGGAACGACAGGAGACGGAGGAGCCGUUGGUAUAAUUGGUGGACUACAUCGCUUGGUGCAGUUUCGUUCGAGCGACAUUGUUCCCGCAUUGGCUACCUCAUCCAUCAAGUUAUUUUUGACCUACCUUCGUGAAAGGUCGUGUUUCUAUUUCUUUUUUGAAGAACAUACGCUCCCAACAUGAGGACGGGUGUAUUAGCUGUUUUGCUUCUCAGUGUAAUAGCUGUGACAUAUGGACAGGGUGAGUGUGACAGCGAUCCGUGUGAAAAUGGAUCAACGUGUCAGGAAGGUGACGGCUCAUACAUAUGCCAAUGUAUGAUGGGAUUCGACGGACAAAAUUGCGAAAGGUUUACAGGUUCAAAUUGUGGAUACAACGUGUUUGAUUCCAGCGGUAUGAUUGAUUCACCAAACUACCCUGCCAUGUACAAUAACCGUGCUGAUUGUCUGUACCUUGUCCGAAUCAACAAGGCCCGAAGUAUCACAUUCACCAUCGAAGACUUCAUGACUGAGAUCUUCAAAGAUGUUGUCGAGUAUGGUAUUGGUCCCGAUGCCGAUUUCAACCAGGCACUUGGCGCUUUCGAAGGUAACCUAACAGCCGACAAUAAUAUCCCUGCUCCCUUCACUGUCAAUGGCGAUCAGGCUUGGUUCAUCUUCAGUACUGAUCGUAACAUCGUCAACAGGGGAUUCAGAAUUACAUUCACAUCAGACGGAGAUGAUUGUGAUCCUAACCUUUGUCAGAAUGGUGCCGCCUGUACAGAUUUGGUGAACGAUUAUGAGUGUACAUGUCCUCCAGGAUUUACCGGAGACAACUGCGAAAUUGAUAUUGACGAAUGCGCCAGUGACCCCUGUCAGAACGGUGGUACUUGUAUCGAUGGAAUCAACGGCUACGUGUGUGACUGUGUUCCAGGUUUCGACGGCGACAACUGUGAAAACAAUAUCAACGAGUGUGCAAGCAACCCCUGUCUGAACGGAGGUACAUGUGUUGAUGGCAUUAACCAGUUCGAGUGUACAUGUUUACCCGGAUUUACUGGCGUCCGCUGUGAAAUCAAUAUUGACGAAUGUGCAAGUGAUCCUUGCCAGAAUGGUGGUGUUUGUGUCGAUGGCAUCAAUGGAUACACCUGCUCAUGUCCUCUCGGAUUCUCCGGAGAUAACUGUGAAAUCAAUAAUGACGAAUGUGCCAGCGGCCCCUGUCUGAAUGGAGGAACGUGUGUAGAUCUUGUCAAUGCCUAUAUGUGUAUCUGUGCUCCCGGCUGGACCGGUCCUACCUGUGCUGACAACAUUGACGAGUGUGCUAGCGAUCCCUGCCAGAACGGUGGUCAGUGUAUAGAUGGUGUCAACGGAUACAUGUGUAACUGCCAGCCAGGAUACACAGGAACCCACUGCGAAACUGACAUCGACGAGUGUGCAAGCGACCCUUGUCAAAACGGAGGUACCUGUGUGGAUGGGGUUAACAGAUACGUCUGCAGCUGUGCUCCUGGCUAUGAUGGAGAUAACUGCGAGAACAAUAUUGAUGAAUGUGCCAGUCGUCCCUGUCAGAAUGGCGGUGUCUGCGUUGAUGGAGUGAAUGGAUUCAUCUGCAACUGCGCUGCUGGCUACACUGGAGUGCUUUGUGAAACCGAUAUCGAUGAAUGUGCAAGCGCACCUUGUCAGAACGGUGGUACAUGCACGGACCAAGUGAACGGAUACAUCUGCACAUGCGCACCGGGUUUUGAAGGAACAAACUGCGAGACAGAUACCGAUGAAUGCGCUUCAUUCCCCUGCCAGAAUGGUGCCACAUGCACAGAUCAGGUCAACGGAUAUGUAUGUACAUGCCUUCCAGGCUAUACAGGAACACACUGCGAAACAGAUAUUGACGAAUGUGCCUCAGCUCCUUGUCAAAAUGGUGGUACGUGUGUCGACCAAGUCAAUGGAUAUGUAUGCCAGUGCGCACCCGGCUACUUUGGCGUAAACUGUGAAACAGAUCGCGAUGAGUGUGCCUCUGCUCCCUGCCUGAAUGGAGGUGGUUGUACAGAUGUCGUCAAUGGAUAUGUUUGUACUUGCCUACCUGGAUGGGAAGGAAUCAACUGUGAAAUUAACACCGAUGAGUGUGCGAGCGACCCCUGUCAAAACGGUGCUCAAUGUAUUGACCAGGUCAAUGGCUACCUCUGCUUCUGUCUUCCUGGAUUCUCUGGCAUUCACUGCGAAUUUGAUAUUGACGAGUGUGCCAGUACCCCAUGUCUCAACGGUGGACAGUGUAUCAACAGAAUUAACCUCUACGAGUGUGUAUGUGCUCCUGGCUACACUGGUGUCAACUGUCAAAUCAAUAUUGACGAAUGCCAGUCAGAUCCUUGUGAAAAUGGCGGAACGUGUUUCGAUGGAGUUAACCGCUACACAUGUAAUUGCGCACCAGGUUACACCGGCGCAAAUUGCGAAACUGAAAUCGACGAGUGUGCAUCAGCGCCUUGUUUGAACGGAGGAACUUGUGUUGAGAUGGUUAACGGAUACACUUGUCAGUGUGCAGCGGGAUACACUGGGGUUAUCUGCCAGACUGAUAUUGACGAAUGUGCCAGCGACCCUUGCCAGAAUGGCGGUGCUUGUACCGAUAUGGUUAAUGGAUAUCUUUGUACCUGUGUACCCGGGUUCACUGGCAGUGACUGUGAGAUUAACAUCGACGAGUGUGCAAGCGAUCCCUGCCAGAAUGGUGGAACUUGUGUGGAUGGUGUCAAUGGUUUUGUCUGCCAGUGCCCUCCGAACUACACCGGGACCUAUUGCGAGAUCUCACUUGAUGCAUGCAGGAGUUUGCCCUGUCAGAAUGGCGCUACGUGCGUAAAUGUUGGAGCUAACUAUAUCUGCGAAUGCCCUGUCGGAUUUGCCGGACAAAACUGUGAAAUUGAUAUCAACGAGUGUGCCAGUCUUCCAUGCCAGAAUGGUGGUGUUUGUAUUGAUGGCAUUGCCAUGUACACGUGCCAGUGCCCCCUCGGAUACGCUGGUGUCAACUGCGAAGAAGUUGGUUUCUGUGAUUUGGAGGGUGUAUGGUACAACGAGUGCAACGAUCAGAUCACUAUUACAAAGACGUCCACAGGCAUGAUGCUUGGAGAUUACAUGACAGCCAACGAACGUGAACUUGGAUACGCAGCACCAACCGUCGUGGUCGGGUACGCGAGCAACAACUACGACUUCCCAUCAUUCGGUUUUACGGUAGUCCGUGAUAACGGUCAAUCAACUACCAGCUGGACCGGCCAAUGCCAUCUAUGUGAUGGAGAGGAGGUUCUGUACACCACUUGGAUCAAUACAAACAUGGUCAGCACAUGCCAGGAAAUCAAGAAAUCAAAUAUGGUUGGACAAGACAAAUGGACUCGUUAUGAACAGAGUAUUGCGCCUCAACCUGAUAUGUAGGAGCAGCGUCUUCAUCCAGAACAUGUGUUGUAAAUUUGUUUGAAAAGUACUAAUAUCUUUUAUCGAAACCUAUGCACCUAAAAGAAAACUUAUAAAACGAUAUACACUAAAAAAUAUAUUGUUAUAUCAUCGCUAGGAAAUUAUAUUCUUCAACAUAGCAUUUUUUGCUGUAUAAAAGAUUUUUUUACAAUAUCUUGUGAAGAAUAAUUAUCAAAGAAUGAAAUUCGAUAUUGGAAUUGUAAUUAUCGCUGGGAAAGUCUAUUUUUAAACAUUGACAUUUUUGCUCUAUGAAAUAUUUUUAAAAUAUCUUGAAAAUAAUGAUCAAUGACAAAACUCUUCGUAUUUAAAUAAUUUCGUCAUAUCCAGAUUGUUUUCUUCGAAUUUUUAUUCUUUUAUUUGAAAAUCGUUUUACUUGUUCAUAUUCCAUCCUAUAGAUCUAACAUACUGUCUACUUGUAUUUUAGUUUUUCAUAUAUGUAUAUAUAUCGACUUUAUAGUGUCAACGUACCAUCUAAAAUAAAUUUGAUCAUGUUUUUAUAAAAGUAUGUCGAAAAUAAAAUAUGUGAAUGUCUGAUUUAUAUGCACUGCUUGUUUCUAUACUUCUAUCGUUUUUUUAAUAAAAUGCUGCGAUGAUCAAACAUUGAUGCAACGUA